CCAUUUUGUUAAUUCCCCAACUACCCUUCCCUCUCUCUCUCUCUAAAGUCUCUUACAUUUUUUUUUUUUUGGUUUUGUGUGAAAACACUCUCUCUCUACAACACAUUGUCUGAAACUUGACUCACAGUUUCUAUCUUGGUCCUGUUCUGUUGUUUUUGUUGUUCCUGUAUCACUUUCUUUGUCUGAAAUUCUCCAAAUUCUCAGACAAUGAGAACGGUUAAUAGCAAAGAUUGAAUUCAUAAACAUAUAGAUAGAGCUCAUUCUUGUUGCUUUUACCGCCUCCAAAAUUGUGAGUGAAUUUGUUGUCAUCUUUAGCUGCUUCAUAUGGAAACUGGGGGCGGUGGAGAGGAUUGUUGUGUGAAGGUUGCAGUUCACGUGCGGCCACUCAUCGCUGAUGAGCGUGCACAGGGUUGUAAAGAUUGUGUCACUGUCAUUCCUGGGAAGCCUCAGGUACAAAUUGGGACACAUUCCUUUACAUUUGAUCAUGUAUAUGGAAGCACUGGUUCUCCUUCAUCUGCUAUGUUUGAAGAAUGUAUUGCUUCUCUUGUUGAUGGUUUGUUCCAAGGGUAUAAUGCUACUGUACUUGCUUAUGGUCAGACAGGAUCUGGGAAAACAUAUACAAUGGGCACUGGCUUCAAAGAUGGAUGCCAAACAGGGAUUAUUCCUCAAGUUAUGAAUGUUCUGUUUAAAAAAAUUGAGACGUUAAAGCAUCAGACUGAAUUCCAAUUGCACGUUUCCUUCAUUGAGAUUUUAAAAGAAGAAGUACAAGAUUUGCUGGACCCCACUUGCUUGAACAAACCAGAAACUGCAAAUGGGCAUGCAGGAAAAGUAACUGUCCCUGGGAAACCACCAAUACAAAUCCGUGAAACAUCAAAUGGUGUUAUUACACUGGCUGGAUCUACUGAAGUUAGUGUUAGUUCUCUAAAAGAAAUGGCUGCCUGCCUAGAGCAAGGAUCAUUGAGCAGGGCAACAGGGAGUACAAACAUGAACAAUCAGUCAAGUCGUUCACAUGCAAUAUUUACCAUCACUUUAGAGCAAAUGCGUAAGCUCAAUCCAGUUUUCCCGGGUGAAAGUAGUCCUAAUGAGAGCAUGAACGAAGAAUAUUUAUGUGCCAAAUUGCAUUUAGUAGAUCUUGCUGGAUCGGAAAGGGCCAAAAGAACUGGUUCUGAUGGUUUGCGUUUCAAGGAAGGAGUUCACAUCAACAAGGGCCUCCUUGCACUUGGUAAUGUUAUUAGCGCUCUUGGUGAUGACAAAAAACGCAAAGAAGGUGUACAUGUUCCUUAUCGUGACAGCAAACUUACUAGGCUUUUGCAGGAUUCGCUUGGCGGUAACAGCAGAACUGUUAUGAUUGCCUGCAUUAGUCCUGCUGAUAUUAAUGCUGAGGAAACCCUUAACACACUUAAAUAUGCAAACCGUGCUCGAAAUAUCCAAAACAAGCCUGUUGUCAACAGAGAUCCCAUGUCCAGUGAGAUGAUAAAGAUGCGUCAACAGCUAGAGUAUUUACAGGCUGAACUUUGUGCCCGUGGAGGAGGAUCUUCAUCGGAUGAAGUACAGGUUCUGAAGGAAAGGAUUGCUUGGCUUGAAGCUGCUAAUGAAGAUCUUUGCCGAGAACUCCAUGAAUACCGCGGUAGAUGCACCGUUGUAGACCAGCGUGAAACGGAUGCUCAAGAUGGUAGUCCGUGUCCUAUGAAAAGUGAUGGGCUUAAAAGAAGCUUGAAUAGUAUCGAGCAAACUGAUUUUCAAAUGGGUGAAACUAUGACAGGUGACUCCAGGGAAAUUGAUGAAGAAGUCGCAAAGGAGUGGGAGCACACGCUUUUUCAGAAUUCUAUGGACAAAGAGCUCCAUGAGUUAAAUAGACGAUUAGAGGAGAAAGAGUCAGAGAUGAAACUUUUUGGUGGAAUUGAUACUGUGGCACUCAAGCAACAUUUCGGGAAGAAAAUAGCAGAAUUAGAGGAUGAAAAUUGGACUGUGCAGCAAGAAAGAGAUCGUUUGUUGGCUGAAGUUGAAAAUCGUGCUGCCAGUUCCGAUGGCCAAACACAAAAAUUGCAAGAUGUCCACGCCCAUAAAUUAAAAUCACUUGAGGCACAGAUUCUGGAUCUAAAGAAAAAACAAGAGAACCAGGUUCAACUCUUAAAACAGAAACAAAAGAGUGACGAAGCAGCAAAGCGAUUGCAAGAUGAAAUUCAAUCUAUAAAGGCUCAAAAGGUUCAACUGCAACAGAGGAUAAAACAAGAGGCAGAACAAUUUCGUCAGUGGAAAGCCUCUCGAGAGAAGGAACUCUUGCAGUUGCGGAAGGAGGGAAGGAGAAACGAGUAUGAAAGGCAUAAAUUGCAAGCUUUGAAUCAACGCCAGAAAUUGGUUCUUCAAAGAAAGACAGAAGAGGCUGCAAUGGCCACCAAGAGGCUAAAAGAGUUGCUUGAAUCCCGUAAACCUUCUGCCAGAGACAACUCAAUUAUCACCAAUGGGAAUGGCACAAAUGGGCUGAGCAAUGAGAAAUCCUUACAGCGUUGGCUUGAUCAUGAGCUAGAAGUCAUGGUGAAUGUGCAUGAAGUUCGUUUUGAAUAUGAAAAGCAGAGCCAAGUGCGAGCUGCACUGGGAGAAGAGUUGGCUGUGCUGAAGCAAGUGGAUGAAUUUACUUCAAAGGGACUUAGUCCUCCAAGGGGGAAGAAUGGGUUUGCUAGAGCAUCCUCCAUGUCACCAAAUGCAAGAAUGGCCAGAAUAUCUUCACUUGAGAACAUGCUGAGUAUAUCAUCUAAUUCACUUGUAGCAAUGGCUUCACAACUUUCAGAGGCAGAAGAGCGGGAGCGUGCCUUCACUAACCGUGGACGUUGGAAUCAGUUGCGUUCAAUGGGAGAUGCAAAGAAUUUACUUCAAUACAUGUUCAAUUCCCUUGCUGAUACAAGGUGCCAACUGUGGGAGAAAGAAGUAGAAUUCAAGGAAAUGAAAGAGCAACUUAAAGAACUAGUAGGUCUGUUGCGACAGAGUGAGGUGCGGAGAAAGGAAGUAGAAAAGGAAUUAAAAUUGAGGGAGCAAGCUGUUGCAAUUGCACUGUCUACAUCAGCUUCAGAGAACACACACAAUUCAUUGAAACACUCAGCUGACGAUGUGAGUGGUCCUCCAUCUCCAAUGUCUGUGCCGGCACAGAAGCAGCUGAAAUAUACACCAGGCAUUGCUAAUGGUUCAAUGAGAGUGUCAGCAGCAUUCAUAGAUCAUAAGCGAAAGAUGGUACCACUUGGGCAGCUGUCAAGGAAAAAAUUAGUUGCUGUAGGACAAGGUGGAAAGCUAUGGAGGUGGAAGAGAAGCCACCAGCAAUGGCUUUUGCAAUUUAAAUGGAAGUGGCAGAAGCCAUGGAGACUCUCUGAGUUGAUCAGGCAUAGUGAUGAAACAAUGGUCAGGGCAAGGCCUCGUCAACAAACCCUGCCACGUGUGGGUUGAUGUGCUGUGGUUAUGGUCACAAGCUUAUUAUUGCCCUUUACUAACCCGACUAAUAAGCCUGAUCCCAAUCCAUGGCGCAUGGAAGCGCGGAGAAUGGAGAGCAGUUUAAAUUGCUGUUGAGGAGCUCUGCUAAUAGUUGUGUUGGAUGAGUUGAUUCUGGAAAAGUUUAGUUUGUAUCUUGGAAAUUUUUGAUGUGAUUACCAAAAUGGGAGCAUAUUGUAUAGUAGUGUGGUUGCUGCCGAUGAUUCACCCAAUUACUUAUAAAGGGAACGCCGGGGGUCUGAGAUGGCGUGAGUGAUAAUGUUCAAUGAAAGAUUAUAUCACUCAUGGUUUCUAUUGGUUUGGUUCACUCUGUCAAUAACAACAAAUUGGUGGGUGUAAUUCUUCCCACAAAGUCACAUAAAUCUGUAUCAAAGGUCCAGUCUGAUAUUUUAUUUUUGAUUUUAUUCGUAAUAGGUUUUUCUGUGUAAUUUGUUUUGGAUUUUAUUGUGUGUAAGCACAAUAUUGAUUUUGUUAUAAGGUUUGGAGUAGCUAGUCAUUGUUAUAACAUUACAGCAAAAUGAAAUUCGUCUAGUGAUAUAAUUAUCAUUUGUUGGA